CCCCAACCGGCGUACGAAAAGAAACCAGACGAACACCUUUCUCCAGAAGCGCGAGGUUUCUGAUUGGGCGAAACGCUCCCGUAAAGCGGUGCAGAUGGCGUCACUGCCAUCGGUGGGUGGGCAUUUCAUUUUCUUCCAACACACCAACUGCUUAGGCAUCGCUAUCCGAGUGAAAACUUUUUCACGGAGGAGUGUUUUUUUGCAACCGUUGAAAGCUGUAUCAGCUGCGCUGUGUCGGCGCCGCUGAUUACCACUGGUCAAGUGCAUGAAUCAGAUUUUGGGGCUACCUGCAAGUGGAUGCUAGAAAUGUAGAGUGGGCAGCUAUUUCAAGCACCAGAAUUCGUGAAAUGUGUCAUUUUUUGAAAGAUAUGCCCGAUUAGGCUUAACGGACGGAGCCUUCGCGUGGGCUAAAGAACGCCGGUUAACCAAAAAUGGGUGUCAACAACACGAAGAAUUUUUUUUUGAGUGCGUGCUUCCAAGGCUUUCGCCUACUUAAUGUUUUUUGGUUCUCAUUUUGAUAUUUUGUUCUUUUCUUUUGCGUUUUUUACUUUCUCUUCUACGCCGAAACUUUCAUUCAGUAGUAAGAUUUCGACCACCUGUACACGUAAGCGGGAAUCAUUUUUUCUUCCCGUUGCCACUCGUCGGAGUUGCGGCCGACGGAGCAGACGACUCUUAGAUCGAGAUUUUUUCACUGCCGUGGAAGUUGUAGUUAUUGUUUUCGCAGUAGUUACUGUUUGUGUACGAACGAUAUUAGCUCUCCAUGGAGCUAAUCAUGGAGAAUCACCACACCAACGGGACGAAUGGUGAACAAGAUCCCAGUUUACUGCAAUACGAAUCAAGUUUAUACAAGUUUAAAGAUGAACGUGAUGCCAUCCAAAAGAAAACUUUCACGAAAUGGGUCAACAAGCACUUGAAAAAGGCUAACAAGGAACUAUACGACUUGUUUGAAGACCUUCGGGAUGGCCAUAACCUCAUUUCUCUUUUGGAAGUUUUAUCCAACGAAAUUCUUCCCAGAGAAAAAGGAAGCAUGCGGUUUCAUAUGCUACAGAAUGUACAGAUAGCUCUCGAUUUCCUCAGGUUUAGAAAGAUCAAACUUGUAAAUAUCAGAGCAGAAGAUAUAGUGGAUGGAAAUCCAAAACUGACACUAGGCCUUAUAUGGACAAUAAUCCUCCAUUUCCAA